AUGGCCAUGUCUUUCUCAGGAGCUCUUCUCAGUGGGAUUGGUUCUUCUUACCACACCGGAGGGGCCAAGCUUAACGGCGUUGGUGCCGUCAAAUUUGGCCGGAAAACUGAGCUUGUUGUCGUCGCUCAGCGCAAGAAGUCAUUGAUCUACGCAGGUGACGGCAACAUCCUUGAUGACCUCAACGACGCCACAAAGAAAGCUACAGAUUUCGUGACGGACAAGACACAGGAGGCGUUGAAAGAUGGCGAGAAAGCGAAAGACUACGUUGUUGAGAAAAACGUUGAAGCCAAAGAUACGGCGGUGGAGGAAGCUCAAAAAGCCUCGGAGUAUGUGACCGAGAAAGCAAAAGAAGCUGGAAAUGAGGCGGCUAAGUUGGCAGAGGGUAAAGCAGGAGAGGCUAAGGAUGCCACAAAGGCCUGA